AUGAUGUCCUUGGAUAGAUCAAAGAAGAGAAUCAGUAACCUGGCUAUUCCAUAUGUUGGGACAAUACUUGAUGGUCUUGUUCCUGGAGAGCUGAUUGUCAUAAAUGGGACUGUUCCUGAUGAUGCAGACAGGUUCCAGGUGGACUUACAGUGUGGCAGCAGCACAAAGCCUCGAGCUGAUGUGGCAUUUCAUUUCAACCCCCGCUUCAAAUGGUCUAGUUGCAUUGUUUGCAACACACUGGAGAGGGAAAAAUGGGGCUGGGAGGAGAUUACUUAUGAGAUGCCCUUCCAAAAAGGGAAGCCAUUUGAGAUUGUCAUCAUGAUUUUAAAGGAUAAAUUCCAGGUGUCUGUAAACAAGAAACACUUGCUGCUCUACAACCACAGAAUUAGCCUUGAAAGAAUAGAUACUCUUGGAAUAUAUGGCAAAGUACAGAUCAAAACCGUAGAUUUUGUUUGCAAUGGGGAAAUGCCGGAUGGUUCACAAUUUGGACUUCCUUACGUUGGGAAGCUUGAUAAAGCACUUCGUCCAGGAAGCACAGUUGCCAUUAAAGGAGAAGUGGAUAAAAACCCAAAGAGCUUUGCAAUAAAUCUGAAAUCGAGUGGCUCAAAGGACAUUGCAUUACAUCUGAAUCCCCGCAUUAAAAAUAAAGUUUUUGUAAGAAACUCAUACCUUCAUGACAGCUGGGGAGAAGAAGAAAAAGGAGUUGCCAACUUCCCUUUCAGUCCAGGGAUGUACUUUGAGCUGAUAAUUUACUGUGAUGCCCACCAGUUCAAGGUUGCUAUUAAUGGUGUUCACACUCUGGAGUACAAGCAUCGUUUUAAACAACUUGAAAAAAUCAACAUAGUGGAAAUCAUGGGAGAUAUUCAAUUGUUAGAUGUGAGGAGCUGGUAGUUCUUUUCAAUCAUUACUUAAAGAAUUGAACUUCUCCUGACCGUCUCUCCUUGUCAAGUACAAACACAUACUAACUCGUGCUGAGCCCGCCUUUAUCUAUCUAGGCUUCUGCUUCUCUGAGU